CCUUAGCAACAGGCGCCUCGGUUGCGAUGCAUGGUAUGUUUAUGGAAUUGCAUCGUCUGGAUGAACAUGUGAAAUGGCGAAAGGGGAUAAAAACAAAAAACCCGAGAAAACGACUCCCGAACAGUCAUUAAGUACAUUUUUGUCAAAUGGCUCCCAUGCUGGUGUUGUAUCAGAACCACACGUGUUAGAUGAAGAGUCGGGACAUGAAACAGAUGUAAUGACUGCCUCCUUUUCUUCACAACCACCACUCGCCGACAAACAACUUGAGGGAAGUGAUGAUGCAUUUCAUGAGGUCCCUGUUCUUCCUAAUAUUAUUGUCCAGAGGUACGAGGGAGAAAAGUAUCUAGAGCAGUUCCAUGGAGAAGGUGUGGCAUAUUUUCAGGGAGGACAUGUCUACAAGGGUAUGUUUUCAGUAGGAGUCAUGCAUGGACAUGGUCUGUACACAUGGGCAGAUGGCGUGAAAUAUGAGGGUGAGUUUGCAUUCAAUGUGCCCAUGGGCCAUGGGACAUACACCUGGCUGGAUGGUAGCUGUUAUGAGGGAGAGGUGUGCAGUGGAAUCCGCCAUGGUGUGGGGACAUAUAGGUGUGCCAAUUCCUCUGUGAUAUACAGAGGGCAGUGGCAUCACAGCAAAAGGCAUGGAAAGGGUACAAUAUACUAUAACCAGGAAGCGACGUCCUGGUAUGAAGGAGAAUUGGUAAACAAUAACAGAGAGGGAUGGGGAGUCCGAUGUUACCCCUCUGGGAACCUGUAUGAGGGCCAGUGGAGGAACAACAUGAGACAUGGAGAGGGCAGGAUGAGGUGGCUGCAGCUGGGUCAGCAGUAUAGCGGGAUAUGGGAGAAUGGGGUCCAGCAUGGACAGGGGACCCACACAUGGUUCCUGAGGAGAGUGACAGGCUCUCAGUAUCCCCUAAGGAAUGAGUACACUGGGGACUUUGUCCAGGGGCUGAGGCAUGGCCAGGGCAGCUUCUACUACGCAAGCGGGGCUCUUUACAAAGGAGAGUGGAAGGACAACAAAAAACAUGGACAGGGAAAGUUCAUUUUUAAAAAUGGACGCAUAUUUGAAGGGGAGUUUGUGGACGACCACAUGGCAGAGUUCCCAGCGUUCUGCCUGGAUGGUUCAAACACCCCUGAUCUGAGUGGGAUUAGAACGCACACUCCCCAUCCUGAGGACAGUGAAUCCCCCAGAAGAGCACCAGGAGGAGACUCAGGCAGUGGUCCAGCCCUGCUUGGGCCUGACAUGGCUCUGGACAUCACUGCUGUGCUGGAGAACCUCCCAGAGAACCAGAGAGACCUGCAGCUCAAACAGGUGGAAUUUGUGGUGCUGAGACACAUAGCGGAGCUGAGGGCCAUCUAUAGCUUCUACAGUAGUCUGGGCCAUGAUCAGUCCCCAGACAAUACCUUCUUGCUGUCCCGCCUGCAGCUCUGGAGACUCCUCAAGGAUUGCAGCAUCCACCAGCAAGGCAUCACCCUGGCCCAGGUUGACCGCUACAUCUGUUCAGAGGAUGUUCCUUCCGAGGACAUCCACUCUCCCUUCAGCACCAUGCUGCUCAGAAGGUUCCUCAGCUGUGUUGUGGUUCUGGCCUACAACACCUACCAUAAGGACAUAGAGCCCUCUGAUACUAUACUGGUUGCAUGUUUGUCCAAGCUGAUGAGGGAGAACAUCAUCCCUAAUGCCAUGAAUGUAAAAGGGCUGUUGUUCCCCAAACCCAUGCAUGCUGUGAUUGCUGUCAACUACAUUGAGAGGUGCUGGGAGAUCUACAAGGCCUUCUGCAGAGCCAACCCAACCCCCCUAGCUGACCAAACCAUGACUGUCAGGCACUUCAUAUGGAUGUUUAAGGACCUUAGUCUGUUUGAUGCUGAGCUGACCACAGGGAAACUCCUAGAGAUCCUCUCUGUAGAGAACCCAGCAGCUUACGACCGCUACUACUGCAACCUAGACCUAGAGAUGACGUUCCUGGAGUUCUUUGAGGCGUUGCUGGGCUGUGCAGAGGUUAGUGAUCAGAGGGAUGGUCAGACCUCCUCAGACAGCCAGAUGGAGAGCUGCCCUCUGGCUGACACCCCUGGGGAGAGGACCAGAGACAGCCCUCUACAGAGGUCCUCACAGCGGCAUUCCCCUCUGACUGGACCUACUGCAAAGUCAUCAAACCCCAACAUCUCUCCUGAUGUGGGUAGUGUCAAAUCACUGGAGAUGGGAAAAUCCAAGGAGAUUCUCCAGCUGUCUACAUCUGAAGAGAUGGAGCCCAGACAGAGUCCCAAUGCGGCAGGCAACCUCGCAUCACGGACUGGGGGUGGUGGGUCAGCAACCCACUUGUCAGACACUGAGAGAAGAGAGGACUCAGGUGGGGCUAGAUCAGCAGUGGAGGCCAAAGUGUCAAACCACCCUCCUCAUGAUCAUCCCCCCAGCACAGAGCCUGUUGAAGACAGGAGCGGAGCAGGUAUGAAUUCCUGCCCUGCUGAGACUGAACUGGACAGCUGGGUCCAGAGGACCCACCAGUUCUUUACCCAGAGGUUCUUCCCAGCGUACGAGUACAGCCUGGAGCUGAGGAGGGAGGUGCAGGAAGAGAGACUGAGGCAGACGGCACUAGCCCGCAUCGCUCUGGCUAAGGCCAAGGAAGACGCCAGGUUGAGGGAACAGUGGGAGGCAGAGGAGGAGGAGAGACGGAGGGAAGAAGAAGAGGAUGAGGAGGCAGAGCGAGUAGAAGGGCCAGAGGAUGACCUUAACCCGUCUCCAGCGGCUCAGACGCCUGUGGCCUCCACCACCUCUGUGGUCAUCACCAAACAGUCGCCUGCCACCGCAGCCAAGAAGAAGAGGAAAUAGACUCUCAGAUCACCCAUACAACUGUAUGGCCAGAUUAAACCUAGUCCUGGAUAAAAAU